UUUUUAUUAUAAAUUAGGAAAAUAUGCAUAUAUCAAGUUAAUUCUAAUAUAACCAAAAUUAUGAAAAUAUAAUACUAAAUUAAUUAGUCUAUAAAAAAUAGAAAAUAAAAAACAUAUUUAAAAGUAAACUCUUCAAAUUUAAAUGUCCCAAAUCCUAAUUGCAUAAAUCCAAUUCAAUGUGUUCCGUUAGCAAAGUAAAAUCGUAAACAUUGCCUGCUUCUUCAAUAUGAAUUUGCUUAUCCAACCCAAAAAAAAAAAACACGUUUAUAUAAAAGAAAAAGACUUGUGACAGUUUAAAAUAUGAAGGAAAAAAAUUGAGUGCAACAAUAAUAAUCCAUGCAGCACAAAAAUCCCAAGUGCCUGUGAACCUGGUCAGUGGUCACGUUCGUGCCCCAAGUGGAAAAAAAAAAAAAAUCUAUCCGAAAGGAUCUCCAAGUAGGAAUUACUGAUUCAUAAGCUCCCCGAAAACUCAGUGAGGAAAACCGGCGAUGGCAGAGAACUUCGUCAAAAUCCAAAUCCCACAACAAAAGCUUUACAAUGGAAUUCAGUUCCCUUCCGUUGUGUCUCCGCGGAGCCCCACUUUCUCCUCUUCUCUUUCCCUUCUCACGCAAUCCAUCCAAAUCCACAAGCAAUUCCUGGAAUCAUUGCUUCUUGAAUCCGGCGCUGUACUUCUCAGGGGAUUCCAUUUGAACACAGCCUCCAAUUUCAAUGACGUUGUCGAAGCAUUUGGCUAUGAGGAGCUUCCCUACGUGGGUGGCGCUGCUCCUCGGACUAACGUUGUAGGUCGGGUUUUCACUGCUAACGAAUCCCCACCGGACCAAAAGAUUCCUUUCCAUCAUGAAAUGGCUCAGGUACCUGAAUUCCCGUCCAAGUUAUUUUUCUUCUGUGAAGUGGAGCCUGCGAGUGGAGGUGAAACUCCAAUUGUUCUUAGCCAUAUUGUGUAUGAGAGGAUGAAAGAGAGGCACCCGGAUUUUGUUGAACAAUUAGAGAAGCAUGGUUUGAUGUACAUAAGGGUUUUAGGGGAAGACGACAAUCCUUCAUCUCCCAUUGGGCGUGGGUGGAAAUCCACCUUCUUGACCAAAGACAAAACCAUAGCUGAAGAAAGGGCUGCUAAACUGGGUAUGAAGUUGGAAUGGUUGGAAGAUGGAGGGGUGAGAACAAUCACGGGUCCUAUCCCAGCUAUAAAAAUUGACAAAACAAGACAGCGCAAGAUUUGGUUUAAUAGCAUGGUGGCUGCAUACACAGGCUGGGAAGAUGAACGAAAUGAUCCUGUAAAGGCCGUGACCUUUGGAGAUGGCCAGCCAUUACCAGGUGAUGUAGUCUAUGAUUGUCUCAGAAUCUUGGAAGAGGAAUCUGUAGCCAUACCUUGGCAAAAGGGUGAUGUUCUGUUGCUGGAUAAUUGGGCUGUUCUUCAUUCUCGAAGAUCAUUCACACCACCUCGCAGGGUUCUAGCUUCCCUUGUUAAGUAGACUUGAAGCGUUUUGAUAUCUGGGUUGCGUGUAUCAGUGAUGGAGAAAUAUAUAUUUCUAGUUGGCAGAUACCGUAGCUGCAAUUUAGGCAUUUGAUUUGGGUGUCGAUAUUAUGCUACGUUUAGUUAGAGGGAAGAUAUUUUAGGGGGAAUAGAAAUAAGAGUAAACUCAGAUGUAAUAUUAUUUUAUGAAAAUUCUGAUUCUACUUUUGUAUAAAUCGUGACUCCUUCACUUGGUCUACUAAUAGAAAGAAUGAUUUGAUCGA